AUGGCGAGCGGCGGCUCGUGGCGCGACGACGCGGGCGACGACGACGACGACGAGGACGACGACGAGGACGAGUGCGCGUCCGUCGAGUUCGAGCCGUUCAGCGACUCGUGCUCCAGCGACCUGGACGGGCUGGACCUGGCGCUGUUCGAGCCCGCGGCCAAAGCGGGCGCCGGCUCGGCAGCAGCCCCGCGGCCGCGCGCCGCGCCCACCCAGUGCUGCUCACACUGCUGCCCCAGCGUCGCCAUCUUCUCUCAGCUCUUCAUCCUCACCGAGAAGAAGCCCAGGCGUGACAAGGAGCCGCAGAUCGGACACCGGCCUGCCAACGUGCUGAAGGAGGAGCGCGUGCCGCUGGUGGCGUGGGAGCCGUACUUCUGCGUGCUGCUGCAGGACGAGCAGACGCUCACGGCCUACCGCAGCGAGGAGCUCUCGAUCGGAGACGCGCUGUUCGUGGAGCUGCCGCGCGUGCGGCUGGACGGCGGCGCCAAGGCGUUCCGGCAGCGCUGGGGCUACGAGCCGUGCCCGCCGCCGCCGCUGCUCGAGGAGGACGAGGCUUCCGACGGCGCGCCCGAGACCGCGUCGCUGCACGAGGACGCCGCGCUGCGCACGCUGCACACCCCGCCCAGAGUUCGUGCAUACUGGUAA